UGUUGGACUCCCUUACGUCUCAGAACGGUGAGGGCCGAGACUCCCACGGCCAUGAUGUCAAUGGACGUGGUUCCCGUCGCUGAGAAGACGAUAAUCACAUCGCCCAAUUUUGCUGCCAAGCGGCUGGGAGAGUACACAAGGGACAAGCUAGAAACGAAUCAGGGAAUGCUAAAGCUGCGCCAGCUCUUUGCGGAGCAGAAACGCUACUUGGACUAUUUCUUUGACCACAUCGAUUACAGCCAACUGCAGAACUUCACGCAGCUGCUGCUGGAGUGUAAGGGCGUGAUCUUCUUCUCGGGGAUAGGCAAGAGCGGCUUCAUCGCGCAGAAGAUCUGCCAAACGUUGGUGUCCACGGGUACAAAAUCGGUCUUCCUUUCACCCACCAACGCACUACACGGCGAUAUUGGCAUCGUGGGGCCCAAGGACAUCGUCGUGGUAUUCUCCAAGAGCGGUGCUACCGAGGAGCUCCUCAAGCUGGUCCCGUGUGUCCGUGCGAAGGGCGCGUACAUCGUUGGUGUGUCUUCCCACAACGAAAGCAUGGUCGCAGAGUUCUGCGACAUGCAUGUAUACCUACCCCUGGAGCGCGAGCUUUGCCCUUUCGACCUGGCACCAGUUACCUCCACUGCAAUUCAAAUGCUCUUCGGUGACACUGUCGCGAUUGCUCUGAUGCAGGCCAAGAAUCUGACGCGCGAAGAGUAUGCUAUGAACCACCCUGCUGGUCGCAUCGGCAAGCGCCUCACCCUCAGGGUGCAAGACGUAAUGAAGAAGGGCGCCGACUUGCCGAUCUGCAGAGAGAGCGACCUAAUGAUAGAGCAGCUGGUGGAGCUCAGUGCCAGGGGCUGCGGGUGCCUCCUGGUCGUCGACUCUGCGAAGCGUCUCGUUGGAACUUUCACCGACGGCGACCUCCGCCGCUCCCUGCACCCAUUCGCCGAGACCAUCUUUAAGGUGACAGUUCGGGAGCUGUGCAACAGGUCGCCGAGGACGAUUCUGGUGGACGCCAUGGCGAGCGAGGCCAUGACGAGGAUGGAGCAGCAGCCAGUGGUGGAGUUCCUGCCCAUUGUCAACCAUGCCAACAUCCUGGUGGGAUUGGUCACUCUCCGUGGCCUCGUCGCAGCAGGAUUGUAGCGAUGGAAGCAAAGCAGGAGGAGAAGAAGCCUGCGUUGAUGAUCUCUGUUGUUUUCCUUUCAUUCAAAGUAUACUUUCAGAGUAUAUUGUGAGGAUUUUUGUUGAAGAAUUCUAAUGCACGGCAUGUAGGUCAAAUUCAUGUGCAACAUUUCGUAAAUAAGUUCCAGCAAAGUAACAUGUGAAAGUUUAUGCACAUUGAUGAUUUAUUUAUUUAAACAAAUUCUACUCAUGUUAUACUUGUAA